CAUCCUGUCCCUCGCCACAGCAGACUUAUUGGUGGCUUGUCUGGUAAUGCCUUUUAGCAUAAUCUACGAGGUGGCUGGAAUCUGGAUGUUUGGCCGUUUGUUCUGCAAGGUGUGGAUCUCCUUUGAUGUGAUGUUUUGUACAGCCUCCAUUGUCACACUCUGUUUCAUCAGCUUGGACCGAUACUGUUCUGUGGCUACUCCCUACCAUUACUCCAAGCGAAUGUCCCGGAGCAGGUGUAUUGCCAUGACCAUUAUGAUUUGGGUUUACUCCGCCAUGAUUUCUUUCCUCCCAGUGAUGCAAGGUUGGAACGAAAUCCCGGGUGUGGACUUUGACAGCAGCAGGGAGUGCGUGUUUGUCACCAAUCGGACCUUUGCUAUCGUGGCCUCUGCACUCGCCUUCUACCUCCCUUUCCUGAUUAUGUGCACCAUGUAUUUCUUCAUAUACCGAGCCUCACGCCUCAAGGCGGUGAGGAUCAUGUCACAGACGCUGGACCUGCACUAUCAUCCUGACAGCCGGAGGCAGGAUAACCUGCAACUGGAACACAAGGCCACCAGGACAAUGAGCAUCAUCAUAUCGGCCUUUGUGCUCUGCUGGCUCCCCUACUUUGUCUUCAACGUUGGCAUCGCUGUGAGUGGCUCGCAGCUCAACAGCAUCACCAUUAGCCGGGUUUUCAAAGUCAUCACCUGGUUCGGGUAUUGCAACUCCAUGAUCAACCCUGUGCUCUACGCCUUCCUCAACCGGGAUUUUCAACGGGGCUUGAAGAAAAUGCUGGUCUGCCAGCGUUGGAGGGCGAGGGUCGACACCCGCGAUGACAUGAUUUCCAUUGUGACCUUCACCAAAACCGUUCAGGGCGCCGAAUGCAGCGUGAAGGACGCGCGCAGUUGCCAGUAACAACAGGAGGCGAAAGACACGCUCGCUUUCGGUGUAUGAGCAUCAGAACGACAUCGCAAGGCAC